AUGGUACAAAUCUGUAUGGCUAGUGUUCAACGUAUAGGGAAAUUGAAUCCUGGAUUCAAAGGAUCUCAAAUGGAUUGGAUUGACAAUGAUGGGCUGAUUUUAGUGUCCAACAAUACGAAUUUUGCCUUUGGAUUCAUCACUACCCAAGACGUCACUUUGUUUCUGCUUGUUGUGAUUCACAAGGAUACCUCAACUGUAGUUUGGUCUGCCAAUAGGGAUUCUCCGGUUCAGAAUUCAGACAGCUUUGUGUUUGAUGAUUCUGGGAAUGCUUACUUACAAAGUGGGGGAGUGGAAGUUUGGUCCUCGGAUACUGCUAAUAAAGGAGUCUCCACUUUGGAAUUGCUGGACUCGGGAAAUUUGAUUUUGCGAGGGAGAGACGGCAGUUUAAUGUGGCAGAGUUUUAGCCAUCCUACGGAUACUCUCUUGACGAACCAGGUGUUUACUGAAGGAAUGAAACUUGUAAGCAGUCCCAAUUCUAAUAACCUGAGCUAUUCCCUUGAGAUUAAAUCUGGGGAUAUGAUUCUUUACGCAGGUUUCCAAACAGAACAACCAUACUGGGCUAUGGGAAAAGACAAUAGAAAAACGAUAAAUAAGGAUGGUGAUGGCAUCGUGUCUGCAACUCUUACUGCUAAUUCUUGGCGAUUCUUUGACAAAAAUAAAGUCUUGCUUUGGCAGUUUAUAUUUUCUCAAGAUACCAGAUCAAAUGCAACUUGGGUGGUGGUUUUGGGUGAAGACGGUUUCAUCACGUUUACUCUUCUUCAAGGAGGUUCUUCUGGUCCCUCAUCACUAAGAAUUCCACAAGAUCAGUGUAGCCUGCCUGCAGCCUGUGAUCCGUAUUUUGUUUGUUAUACUGGUAACAAGUGCCAGUGUCCACCAGCCCUUCCUUCUUGCAAAUUGGAGACUUUUCCGUCUUGUAACAAUACAAAGAAUCCUGUGGAGCUUGUAAAUGCAGGAGAUGGCCUCAGCUAUUUUGCACUUGGAUAUGUUCAACCAUUUUCCAGAACAGAUUUAAAUGGUUGCAGAGACUCUUGUCUCAGAAAUUGCACUUGUGGUGCUAUGUUCUUCGAGAGCAGUUCGGGAAAUUGCUUUUUGUUUGAUCAGAUAGGAAGCUUGCAAGGAUCCAAUGAGGAAGGCAGUGGCUUUCUUUCGUAUAUCAAAGUCUCAGGAACUGGAGGUAGUGAUAAAAACGUGGGAGGCAGUGACAAGAAACGCUUCCCAUUUGUUGUUAUCAUUAUUAUUGUCACAAUAUUUGUUAUAUUUGGUCUUCUUUAUGCGGGAUUCGUUUUCCUCCGGAAGAGCAAAAAAUUGCCCGAGUCUCCAAAAGAGGGUUCAGACGAGGAUAAUUUCUUGGAAGGUUUAUCCGGGAUGCCAAUCCGGUUUAGCUACAACAAUCUUCAGACUGCUACGGUCUCGGAUUUUGGUCUGGCUAAGCUUAUGACUAGAGAGCAGAGCCACGUUUUCACCACAUUACGGGGCACAAGAGGGUACCUUGCACCCGAGUGGAUCACAAACUAUGCCAUAUCAGAAAAGAGCGAUGUUUAUAGCUACGGGAUGGUGUUGCUUGAGAUAAUUGGGGGCAGAAAAAACUAUGAUCCUGCUGAGAACUCGGAGAAAUCCCAUUUUCCGUCCUAUACUUUUAAGAUGAUGAAAGAAGGGAAGUUGAAGGAAAUUAUUGAUGCAAAGCUGAAAAUAGAUGAAGAGGACGAAAGGGUUGGUAUAGCAAUAAAAGUUGCUUUGUGGUGCAUACAGGAUGAUAUGUACCUCAGACCAUCGAUGACAAAAGUCGUGCAAAUGCUUGAACGUCUCAGUCCCGUGCCUCCACCACCAACUGCUCCACAACUUGGCUCCCGGCUCUACUCAAGUUUCUUCAAAUCAAUCAGUGAGGAGGGCACUUCAUCGGGGGGUCCAUCAGACUGUAACAGUGAUGCCCAUCUUUCCGCAGUUCGCCUUUCAGGGCCAAGAUAG